GCGCAAGACAUCUCGAUCAAAUGUUGAUCAUCCUCCCCCAAUAUGCGUUCCCCUCGGCAAGUAACCAUGGGAGCCCAUGAAUCGUUUCUGUACUUUUACAUCAUCCCGGCGCGUCAAUACGGUUUAAGUUAAGACGAUGAGAUCUCCUCCAGGUAUUGAGCGUAUCACUAUGACGUGAAAAGAUGGAGACACUUAUAUUGAAAGUUUUAAAAGGGUAGCCAUAUAAAUAGUUGUGUUAGAUCGGAAAUGGUAUUUUGAUUCUAUCAUUGGAAUUCUUGAUUUACGAUUCAAGAAGCAGUAUAUGUGAAAAUAAGAAAGAUCGACUUACCCAACCUGUCAACUCAUAAUCAUGUCGACCGGCGGCACGGGCGGAAACCCGAUCUGGGGACGAAACCACGGAGCCACAGCGGCACAGCAGAACGUGGAUCCAUCGGACGACCCGGACCCUAAAGGUACAGCGGCCGGAUACGUUCCCGACCAAAACCAGGGCAAAUCCCUCUUGGGUACCCUCAAGGAAGCCCUCAAACCAGGCGACGCCAAGAGGCAGCAACACCAGGGCCCAGGCUUCCAUGGCGAUUUCACACACGACGGGCGGCACGGCGGCGUCGAGGAGACUAUGGAACCGGGGCACCGGGACUACGACGAAUCGCAAGAGGCCCCGCAGACCCACCGCAACGGCCGGUCCGAUGGCGGUGGCGUGCUCGAGUCCGUGAUGCCGGGGUACAAGGGCCAUAGUAACAAGGAACGUGGUGGUAUCUUCAGUGCCGUGAAGUCCGCUGGCGACAACACCCCUCAUCUUCCGGGACCAUUGAAGAAGGCUGUUGGAGGUGGUGACCCGGGAAGCGUUGGGCAGAGUGGGCAGAGUAUGCAGAACAGCGGUGGCAACGACUCUCGCUCGGAGAGUACUGGAGGGAGGACAGAUAAACACUCGAGGUUCGACAAGUUCCCUGCUACCGGGAAUUACUUAGGUCCAGAGCCAGGCUCAGACUCGACAACUAAGGCCUCGGCAUUCGAUACCCAAGGUUCUAUCGGACAUCAAUUCACGUCCGAGGGCGCGAUCGGUGGUACAGCGAAUAAGAUUGGUGGCCCAUUCUCGAAAGAGGGUGUAAUCGGACGCCAGUUCACCGAUAAGGGGUCCGUUGGCGGAACUGUCCAGGAUACGGUCGGCCGUGGAAACGAGACAAGAAAAGGGGUGUAA